AUGUCCAACUCGGAUCCUUGCCCCUUCUGCGGCUUCAAGCCGGGCCAAGACGAAUAUGAACUCAUUCUGCACAUAGAGCAGCAACACCCAGACGCUGACGGACCACCACCCACCACCUCCGGAGACACUAUUGAGUGUCCAGAAGGUUGCGGUGAGAUCCUUCGGCUGGACGAGCUAGCUUAUCAUCUCGAGCUUCACGAGCUCGAGGCGCAGGACGCCACGCCCACGCCAGAGCCAGCACCAGCAUCAGCACCAGCACCAGAGCCGGAACAGACUCCCGCUGUGGCCCGGAAGCCGGAGUCUUCAUCUAGAGACAGAGACCGGAAGCACAAGAAAGUCAGCCCUAUCCAGGCCUGGAAGGACCUCUUUUCCGGGCGUAGCUCUCACGGGAGGGAGAGUAACGGCAGCAGUAGUAGGACACGGCACAAGACCAAGAGAGAGGAUGCUGGUAUCACCAAGACUACUAGCAGAGGCUCUUCAAGUCGAGAUAAAAAUGGCGAUCGAGCUAAAUCCAACGUUCGUCUAGGGAAGUCCGAUCUUGGCAGAUUUGCGCAUGAGAGAAAGAUGCCCCCUUGGCUCGUAGAUCUUCUUAAGGAUGAAGGUCAGGUUGUCAACGAUGGCGGUUUCUGUGGCUAUCGAAAUAUCCAGAUGCUCACUUCAAAUAUAAUCGCCGCUUCGAGAGAAGGUUCAAAUCACUUUGGGCGCACGUUUCCUACCAUCUUUCAGAUCCAAGACCUCAUUGAAAAUGCCUGGGACAUGGGUAUCAAUGCCCAAGGAAGAGCAGAGACUGGAGGCAUCAAGGGGACGAGAAAAUACAUCGGUACACCAGAGGCACAGGCUGUGUUUCUCAGCUUGGAGAUACCUUGCUCCGUUCAAGCAUUUAAGGAUCAGGAACGCGGCAAGUCGAAACAACGUCUCUUUGAAGCUAUCGAAGGAUACUUUCGAGGAGGUAUCACAAGCGUCGAAGACCGAAUCCAUCAUACGGACCUGCCACCAAUCUAUCUACAACACCCAGGCCACUCUUUGACAAUCGUUGGCUUCGAGAGGCAAAUGGACGGUCAAGCGAAUCUAUUAGUAUUCGAUCCCAGUUUUCGUGAUUCUACAAAGGUCCGAAACCUCAUCGGCAGAACAGUUCGUCAGAAGCCCUCUUCGAUCGACAGUUUCUUGCAGCCGUACCGUCGUGGCUCUCACUACUUUCGCAAGUACAACCAGUAUGAAGUGCUCUACCUCACAAAGUACGCUGCUGUAUCGUAG